AAUCCUAGCCUGGGAACCUCCAUAUGCUGUGGGUGUGGCCCUAAAAAGACAAAAAAAAAUUAUACCAGAAAGUUUCUGGCCUUUUGCCAUUUCCUAGGACCUUGGUAUUUUUUGGAUUAAUUUAUGUGACAUUUUGUGUUAAAGGUAAUGAUCAUUUGUAUAUCAUAAUGCAAAUAAGGUAAUGUCAAUAAAAAUGUGCUUUUCACUUUCUAUUAUUAUUCAAUUUUCAGGAAAUUCUUAGGAAAAAGGAUUGGGGCUUUGUUCUUUCAUACAUGAAAUAAAAGUAUAACACUGCAAUGAAAGAAGCAGUGUGGUAGGGCUACAAAUAGAUAUAGUAACUAAUGAGAAAGAAUAGUCACCUCAAAAACUUAUAUAUCAAUAUGAGUAUGUGUUUGAACUGAGUGAAAGUUUUAACAUCCAUAAAAUUUUGAUGCACCAUACUUCCCAAUAAUUAAAUAAUAUAUUUUCCUCUCCUUGGCCUGAAAAGGAUGACAUUAAAAUUCAUAAUCCAAUUUACCUAACUCUUAUGCUUCAGUCAAAGUUAUUUAAAAUUACUCAAUAUGAUUAUUAGUAUACAAAGUUACAUAACAUUUACAAUGAUGAACUGUUGAUUCUGGCAUUAUUUCCAUAGGUCUCCAUUCUGUCUUGCAGCCAGCAGCCUCCUUGGAAACUGAGAAGGAAUAUGGCCAAUUUCACUACAGUGAGUGGGUUUCUCCUCAUGGGAUUUUCUGCCAAGCCUGAGCUAGAAGUCUUAUGGGCCUCUCUGUUCUUAGUCUUAUACUUAGUGGCUUUAACUGGCAACACACUCAUUAUCGCUGCAACUUCCAUGGAUGACAGUCUCUACUCCCCUAUGUAUUUCUUCCUCAAACAUCUUUCCUUCUUAGAUAUAUGCUAUAUCUCUGUGACGGUACCAAGGUCCAUUUGUAACUCUUUCAGGCAUACUAGCAGUAUUUCCCUCUGGGAAUGCAUACUGCAAUGUCUGGCUUUCACUCUCUGUGGUUCUGCUGAGCUGGCCAUGCUCACAGUGAUGUCCUACGAUCGCUACGUGGCCAUCUGCCUUCCCCUGCGCUAUGAAAUCAUCAUGAAUGUCAACACCUGUAUUCACGGAAUCCUAGCCGUCUGGAUCAGUGGGGUCGUCUCUGGAGUUAUGCACACAUCUGCUACUUUCUCCAUCCACUUCUGUGGUGCCAACAUCAUCCACCAGUUCUUCUGUGAGGUUCCCCAGCUCCUAAAACUCGCCUGUUCUGAUGAGUAUGUCAGUGAGCUUGGGGUCACGGGCUUCGUGUCCUUGAUGAUACUUCUUUGCUUCCUCUCCAUUGGAUUCUCCUACACACGCAUAUUCUCUACUGUGCUGAGGAUCCCAUCUGCCGAGGGGAGAGCCAAGGCCUUUGCCACUUGCCUCCCCCAUCUAGCUGUGGUCACACUGUUUCUCUCUACUGGUGCCUUUGAGUUUCUGAAGCCACAUUCUGACUCUCCAACUGCAUUAGACUUUUUGCUUACUCUUUUUUAUACUGUUCUGCCUCCCACACUUAAUCCGAUGAUCUACAGCCUGAGAAACAAAGCCAUGAAGGCAGCUCUACAAAGGGUUGUUAAAAGAAGAAAAGCCUACCUCUUUUGCUGAGUCACGUCUAUCCCUUGCUCAUUAAGAGACAAAUCACAAUCUACUGGAAAAACAUAACAGAGUCAAUCAAGAAAUUAAAGCUCAAACAGAACUCGUUAUGAGGAAAGUAAUAGGAAUGGACUAUCUUUGAGUAACAAAAACACUGACAUGGAGUUAGACAAAAAUUACUCUAGUAAAUACCAUAGAUUUGAACCUCACUCCACAAUGUCAAGUCUGAUGAAAAUGUGAAUUUCUUUAAUUCUAAAGACUUCAAAUUAAUUUUCC